AAAUUGGCCAUGGGCACAUUUUGUGCCAAAUCAUUGGGUUUAUCUAAACUGAGUAACUUUAUGCCAGAUAACAAAAAUGCUCCAAUUGAAACUUAUGUGCACAUGGUAACCACUGAAAUAAAGACACUAGAAAGUGCGUAUAGGCGUGGUGAGAUACACACUGUGACCCCUAAUUUAACAAAAGACGAAUCUAAUGCGUUAAACAAACUGGCAAAUCGUAAGGAUUUAGUCUUUAAGGCAACAGACAAGGGGGGUGCAGUGGUUAUCAUGUCCACGGAGUAUUAUAUUGGAGAAAUUAAACGGUUAUUAUCUGAUGAUACUACAUAUAUUAAGCUGAGUGGGGAUCCAUUGAGGGAUGUGCAAAGGAAAAUUGGGUCACUGUUACAAAAUGCUAGAGAUUUACAGGUGAUUGAUGAGGGGUUGGCGGCAUAUUUGACACAGGAGAAUCCGAUGACCCCUGUGUUUUAUGUACUGCCGAAAAUCCACAAAAAUUUGAAAGAACCUCCUGGGAGGCCAAUAGUGGCUGGGAUUGAUUCGGUUUUUACCCCACUAGCGAGAUUUGUAGACACUAUCAUCAGACCAUAUGUUACCUCUCAGUGCUCUUAUAUUCAAGAUACAGGUGACUUCCUAAACAAAGUGGCAUCUAUUGUUUUACCUAAGAAAGACGUUUGGUUGGUUACAAUGGAUGUGGAAAGCCUCUACACCUCCAUCCCACAUGAUGGGGGUGUAGAGGCGGUCCGCCUCUGUUUGGAACAAGAUGAAACCCUGGAUGGGGCUCAAAAAAGAUUUACCCUAAGCUGUCUGGAAAUGGUAUUAAGAUGGAACUACUUUAUAUUUAGAGAUGAAUUCUUUUUGCAACUGAAAGGGACGGCCAUGGGAUCAAAUGUGGCUCCUUCAUAUGCGAAUAUAUUUAUGGGUAAAUUUGAAGAAAAGUUCAUCUAUGACAAUCAGUUGUUUAAAAAACACUGUAUAAAAUGGCUACGCUACAUAGAUGAUGUAUUCAUAAUAUGGGAGGGGCCACGUUUGUCCUUAGAACAAUUUCAUAGGGAAAUUAACUCAGCAUGCUCACAUAUCAAGUUUACUGUACAUAUAGAUCCACAGGAGAUUGCUUUCCUUGACACCAGAGUAUAUGUGGGAGAUAGUAAAUUACAUACAGAUUUAUUUACUAAAGAAACGGAUAAAAAUACUCUCCUCCAUUUCUCCUCUUUCCAUCCACCACAGAUCAAAAGAUCACUACCCAAAUCACAGUUUACACGAGUGAAACGGAUAGUCUCGGAUGAGAAACUGUCAAAAGUAAGAAUGGAUGAAAUGUCUGAGAAAUUUCUUUCUAGACAUUACCCUAGGACUGUGGUGGAUGGACAAAGAGGGGAGGUGGAGAAGGUUGACAGGGAACAGCUUUUAAAGAAAAGAGAGAAAGAAAAUCAAGCCAGAAUACCUUUCAUUUCGGUUUAUAAUACACUGAGUGAUAAUAUUGGUAAAAUUAUUAGAAAACAUUGGGGUAUCCUAAAAACCAAUUUGGGAGAAAUCCCUGCUUUUCAGAAUCCACCUGUCAUGUCAUACAAAAAGGCCCGCACUAUAGGCUCCAUGUUAGUGAAGGCGGACAUGGGUUCAGGGAAAGAGAAUAGACAGACAGUGCUGCGUCCAGUAAAGAGGGGCACAUUUGCCUGUUGCUCGUGCAAUUGCUGUAACAACAUACAAAAAGGAGAGGUUAUUCAUCACUCGAGAAGUGGCAUGCCUAUUCCUAUCUCUGGCCACCAUUCAUGCACUACCACAUUUGUGGUCUAUGCCAUAAAGUGCCCUUGUGGCUUAGUUUAUGUGGGUCAAACCUCACGUAUGGCCAGAGAUAGGAUUAGAGAACAUAAAUCAGCCAUAAAAUGUAAAACGGAUGGACCAGCCGGUCGCCAAACAUUUUACGGAAGUAGGCCAUACGGUUUCACAAUUAAAAUUGCAGGUUUUGGAUACUGUCCCGAAGUUGAGAAGAGGAGGCAAUAGGAUUAAAAAACUGUUGUAUAAAGAGGCAUGGUGGAUUAGGAAACUGGACACCCUAGCACCGAAUGGGCUUAAUCUGGAAUAUGAUCUAUCUCCUGUUUUUAGAUAAUUUAUAAUAUUUUAAUAUGGUUUUAAUGUUCUCCUUUUUUACAGUCUAUCUGAGGAUACACUUUGCUACUUUCUCUGAAAUGGGACUACUAAUUGACAUAUUGUCAGAUAAGUGAAACAAUGUUUUGUAUUUUUGUUACUUUGAUGCAGCCCCACUAGAGGGUGCUAUGACAAUAGUGUAUAAAAGGAGAAUUUGUAUAAUGAUAUGCUAGCUUGACAAAGAGCCGUGCGAGGCUUGAAACGUUGCUAUGCUGCCCUGCUGUGUGUAAAUAAAGGCAAGUUUUACUCAUCCCUGGAGUGCUGCCCAUCUCUUUUCUGAUUGCUGCAGCUUCCUUCUAUAUGCAGCUGCGCACACUAGGAUCCAGCAGCAGCAGUUCUCCCACGCCGGAAGCAGCAGCAGUUCUCCCACGCUGGAAUGUUGGAAUGGCGUCGCUGUUUACUUCACUUCUGUAGCAGCGGUGUGCACUAGGGAUCUACAGCCCUCAUCUGUCAUCUGGCGAUAUCUUUUUUUUUUUUUUUCAGGUACUUUACAUGUACAUGUCCUCAACAUGUCCUCAUUUAGGAGCACCAAGAUUUUGGGGGGACCUGGUGUGGCCGCUGCGACCUAGCGCACCGCCAUCUUGGAUUACUGCGCUUCCCGCCAUCUUGGAUAGUAUGACUUGUGACCCUGAAUUUUCAUGAUGAAUUGUCAUGUUAAUGUAUAGGCUAUGAAUAUUUAUGUCCAUAGUUUGUUUAGCCUAUGAUUAAGGGAGUUGCUCCCAAAAUGCAUCAGCUGAUGUGAUCUGUUGCAAUAAACCACCAUCCUUUUAUCCGGAGUGCCGCCUUUUUCAUUUUCUCAGUUUUAUUAUGACCUGGUUUAGCCGUCGGGCAACAACUUUGGCCAGGAUUUUUGUGUCUGUAUUAAUUAGUGAUAUUGGUCUAUAUGAGGCACAAUUAAGUAGGUCUUUCCAAGGUCUAAGAAUAAGGGUGAUAAGUGUUUCGCUCAUGGAUUGGGGUAAGGAAUCUUCUUUCCGCACUUUAUUAAAUAGUAGGGUAAGUGGUGGAACUAGACUUUUCCCAUGCCUAAGAUAGAAGUCUGUUGGGAUUCCAUCCACCCCUGGGGUUUUGCCUAAGGCUAAGUCAGCAAUGGCAUCUUGUACCUCUAUUUCAGAGAUGGGAUCAUCCAGUAAGGGCAUGUCAUUAUGUUCUAGUCUUGGGAGAGGGAUAGUGUCAAGAUACUUUGAUAUUUGUUCCCUGGAGAGAGUCAUAAGUCAGGAGUAAAGUUGUGCAUUGUAUUAUCUAAACAUCUGAUUAAUUGCACUUGGGUUAGUAAGGGUAUAACAGUUGCUGUCCUUUAUGGCCGGUAUAUUAAGGGGGAAAGUACAGCCCUGACUUUUGUACUUGUUUGGUUAGGAUUGUCUUGAGGACAUUCUGGUUUUUGAGCCAGGUUUCCCUAUUUUGUGGGGAGGGCUUUUACAAAAAAAUCUUCUCAGCUUUGGUGGCUUGAAGUUCCAGUUCCCCCUUAGUUUUAAGGUUGAAUUUUUUAAUCUGUUGUGUGUAUACCCCUCUAGCAUAGACUUUUAGGGCAUCCCACACAAUUUGGGGGGGGGGGUGCUGGAUCUGUGAUAAUAAUCAUGUCAUGAUUCAGGCCUGAUAAAGUUAAUAAAACAGGCCAAUGUGUUAUGAACAAACAUUUAUUCACCUAAAUCAGACACAUAACAG